CUCCUCUAGACAGCAGAUGUUGAGAGAACAGCACACACUUCACACCACAGGCUGUAAGAACAGGUUCAUCUUAGAGAGAUACAGCAGCUCUUGGCAGGAUGAAGGCCAUCAUUGUGUUGCUUGUACCACUUCUGUUUCCAUUGGUCUCUGCUCAGACAUUCCAUUGGGGUGCCUGCCCAAAACCAAUGGUCCAGCCAAACUUUGAAGUAAAUAAGUACAUUGGAAAGUGGUAUGAGAUUGAAAAGCUCCCAGCAUCUUUUGAGAAAGGCAAGUGCAUUGAGGCGAACUACGCGGUGAGACCUGACAAAACCAUCCAAGUUCUCAAUGUUCAGACAUACAAAGGAAAAGUUCAAACUGCAGAGGGUACAGCCACUGUCCAGGACAUGAGGGAACCAGCAAAGCUUGGAGUCAGUUUCUCCUACUUCACACCCUAUGCCCCCUACUGGGUCCUGUCCACUGACUACAACAGUGUGGCCCUGGUUUAUUCGUGCACUGAUAUUCUCAGGCUGUUCCAUGUAGACUAUGCCUGGAUCCUGGCACGCACACGCACUCUGCCCGCAGAGACCAUCAACCAUGCAAAAGAGAUCUUCUCACGAGACAAUAUCGAUUUGAGCAAAAUGGCACCCACAGAUCAGCAAGGAUGUGACGGUCCAAUUUGAAUAAUGAAGACAGAUUUGCACUCCUAUAUUGCACACUAUUUACAUGCAAUAUCUGUUAAACAUAUAAUUACAUAUUUAGAACAUUUAUUAGUGAAAAUUGUUGCAACUCACUGACAUAUUGCCUAAAGCAAUCUCAUCUGAUACAUACAGUAAUAUAAUGCACAUAAUAUUUUUAUGUUGAUUUAUUGGGAAUGUAUACAGUAUGUUGGUCAUGUCUUAUCAAAUAAAUAAAA